AUGAUUUUAUUUCUUCCUUCCAUUUUUAUUUUUUAUUCUCUUUCAACAAUUAUUUUAGCUUUAUUAAUAUGGAGACUAUUUAGCGGAUUUAAUAAUGCGGGUAAAAUGCCACCUGGUCCUUUUCAUUUUCCGUUGAUUGGAAAUUUUGCGAAGCUUGAUUUACGUUAUCCCCAUCGUUCUUUUGUUUAUUGGAAACAACGUUAUGGGCCGAUUUAUACUGUGCCACAUCUGUCUAAAAAUGAUUCUGAAACCGUCAGAAGUCUGAAGCUGACAGCCGUGACGAAAAAACGGAAUAUACUUUCAAUCAUUUUAAAAUUAAAAAAAAAAUUUAAAUCCGCAAUUGUCGUAACACCAAUUAAAUAUAGGUAGGUUUGUAUUUGUUAAAAAAUAUAACGUUCCUUUAAAUUACCCGAAUGCUUUUCUAAAUGCUCAACACUCAUAUCAUAAAUCUUUCAUGCAACUAUCCCCCAAGCAUUCUUUAUCG